AUGACAUACCAGCAAAAGUUGAUAGCAGAUAAUCAGAAUCGCGAUUUGGCGGUGCGAAAUUUAGAGAGGCAGAUGGGACAGAUAGCUGGUGCACAAAAUACUAGACCACCCGGAGGACUUCCAAGUGAUACGGAUGUGAAUCCCAAGCCGUGCAAUGCUGUGACUCCUCGAAAUGGGAGAGAACUAGAGGAAGAGGCUCCAAAGAAAACCAGCCGAGUAGAAGCUGAAAAAGAGAAGAUUGCCAAGGAGAUGAUUGAAAAAGAGAGGGUAGUCGAGACACCAGUGGCAAAGCAGCCACAACCCGUGGUUGCAAAGCCACCACCUCCAUUCCCUCAACGUUUGGCAAGACAGAAAGAAGAGGCUACUUACAAGAAGUUUCUUGAUUUGCUUAAGCAGGUACAUGUGAACGUCCCGUUGUUUGAUAUGCUGCAGGAGUAUGCCACUGUUGCACUUACUGAGGAGUGCACUUCUCGUAUUCAAAAUAGGUUGCCCACUAAAUUGAAGGAUCUCGGAAGUUUCACGAUUGAGAUUUCUAUUAGGAAGCAGGUUGUUGCUCGAGCACUAUGUGAUCUAGGUGCAAGUAUACAUUUGAUGCCUUCAUCUAUCUUCAGGAAGCUAGGUUUGGGAGUGCCCAGACCAACCACUAUAGUUCUUCAGCUAGUAGACAAAUCGUUAGCAAGAUCCGAAGGCAUUAUUGAAGAUGUAUUAGUGCAGGUAGGGUCGUUGAUAAUUCCUGCAGACUUCAUGAUUUUGGACUUCGAGCCAAAUCUGGAAAUCCUAUUUAUUUUGGGGCGUCCAUUCUUGGCCACAGGGAGAUCACUUAUUGAUGUAGCUGCUGGGCAGCUCACUAUAAGAGUGCAUGACAAAGUUGAAGUCUUCAAUGCAUACAAAGUUCUGAAGAUGCCUGCAAUCUAUGAAGAGUUGUCAGCCAUUACUGUUUUGAAUGAUGAUACACGAAGGCCACUCAUCACUUCUCAUGAUCCAUUGGAGAGAGCCCUAGUGGAUGAUGAUAUUUUUGGUGACUCGGCGGCGUUUGAGAUGGUGCAGAUUCUAGAUAUGGCGAGCAUUUAUAUUCGUGAAGGCGAGUUUGAGCCUUUAGACAGAAAAAUGGGAGUAACUCCGAAGUUAUCAAUUGAAGAGCCUCCGAAGUUGGAGUUGAAACCCUUACCUGCACAUAUUAAAUAUGCAUUCUUAGGCAAGGGUAAUACCUUGCCAGUGAUAUUAGUAGCAGAAUUGACCGCCGAAGAGGUUAGUGUUUGUCUGGAAGUAUUGAAGUCUUACAAAAGGGCAUUGGGGUGGUAG